AAUAGUUGUCUCGUUUCUGCUCAUAUAGCACCUUAUCAGCCGGUCACAGCACCCGAUCGAAAAGCCGAUCGUUAUCAGUAACUAUCUUUGCACCGAUCUUCCCGCUUACCGAUAUAACCGAUAGCAAUCAGUCUACCAGAGUUAGUUGCCAAUAAACCGUUCAUAGCGUCAAACCGAAUAUCGUCGCGUUAUAUCCAAUCGAGCCAAUAAAAGUUUCGUACUUAUCAUUCCCCAAAAUCGAAGUACAAUCAAUCCAAAUUCGAAUCCUACAUAAAGUAUGGUCCUUCGAACCGGAUGAUUUGCUUUUGGGAAUUGUGCUUGCGAUUUUGUCGUCGUCGGGUCGGAGUGAUCAAAAAGUGAUUUCGUGAACAAUCUGUGAACUGGACUGGUGACUGUGAACCCUGAGAACUGUGCACAAAACUGUGACUGAACGAGAAAAGAAAUUCCAUAUCGCACACGAACUGUGGCUAGUGCAUUGAACAAUUAAGCCUGUGGUGUGCAACGUGGUCGCUGCAAAUUAGUGGUUGGUGCUGACGGUCGCUGAUUGAGUGUAAUUAGAUGCCACCUCGAAGCCAACGAAGAAUCUUCCGAUUGUGAAGCCGCUAUUGAGAGUGAGGAAGUAUUGUUCCGUAUAGCUAUUGUCGUCCGAUUUCGAUAGCUUGGCUUGGGUUUCGUCGAUCAGCGUGGCUUGGGCAUCACCGCGUGGGGUGGCUUGGGUACAUCGUCGAAGACUGUAAGUACUGAACUGCAUGCUGCAUGUGACCCGAUCGUCAGGAAAUACUAUUUUGCUGAGUUUUCCUGUAUCGCUGAUUUUUUCGAAAAUUUGUGCAUGAACUGAUUGGUUGAAAAUCGUGGAUUUUUUGUAAUUUUGGUUGAAUUUGGUGCGCACGUGUGCAGGUGUAGCCUACUGCGAUUGUUCUAGUGCUCAUUAUGGCUCCGAAUUUAAGAAGGUUGGCGAAAGGAGAGCGAUUCUGCCGAGAUUCUUUGAGGAAUUUAGCUCACUUGGUGGAUAGCUAUCAGGAUGAUAGGGACAAGGACAUGCUUGAGGGUUGGAAAGAGCGCCUCGAGGAGAUUUUUGAGGAUUAUAAGGAAACUAGGUUGCAGCUAGAAGUUUCGGAGGAUUUCCAGAACACUCUCAAACAAGAGCUAGAAGCAAAGGCACUAAAGCAAUCGCAAGCAGGAGUUGAGGUUGAACUACCAUCGAUAGAGCAAGUUAAUCGCGAUGCCCGUUCAACAUUCGAAUCCACGUACUUAAGACUGAAGGGUUUCAUUUUAUCCAAAAUUCGCGCUAAUGGUGACCCACCUAGGCAAGCCGCCCAGGUUCAGGCUCCGGUUCAGCAGAUUCGCGUCAAGCUACCGGAAAUCAAGCUGCCAAAUUUCGAUGGCACUAUUAAAGAAUGGCCCUCAUUUCGAGAUUCGUUUCAAUCGCUGAUUGCCUCAAACCCGCAACUCAGUGACGUCGAUAAGUUUUCGUACCUUCUUUCGUCCCUUACAAAGGAGGCAAAGCGUGUAGUGGAGGUGAUAGAGGUAACCUCUGCUAACUAUGCGGUAGCGUUGGAUCUCCUUGAAAAGCGAUAUGAAAACAAAUACCUAAUCGUAAAGUCGUACGUUGAAGCGCUUUUCUCUGCGGAUCCAAUAAAGCGGGAGUGUUACGAGUCUUUGAAUCGCUUGAUAGACACGUUCGAGCGUAAUUUGAAGAUGCUGGAGAAGGCGGGAGAACAACCGGAAAAUUGGAGUACGUUGUUGGUUUUCAUGCUCAGUUCUCGUCUGGAUCCUGCAACUUUACGUCAUUGGGAGACACACAGAAAGUCGACAGCGGUUCCCAUCUACACGGAUCUCAUCGAUUUCCUACGCAGUCAUAGUCUCGUCCUGCAAUCUAUCGACACUUCCAAAGGCCGUUCGUCCGAAUCCUCUCGCUCUUCCACUAAUCGUCCCCCCUCACAAGCAACCAAGCUGAACUUAGCGCAUUCAGCUGUGACCGCUCAGAAAUCCUGCCCCUUCUGUAAACAGGUUGCCCACUCGCCCUACCAAUGCGAAGUAUUUCGAAAGAUGACUCCUACACAGCGGUUCGAAGCCACAAAGAGGAACGCUCUUUGUAUCAACUGUCUGUCGCCUUCACAUAUCGUCAAGGCUUGCACGAGUGGAACCUGCAGAGUUUGCCAACAAAGGCAUCACACGAUGCUACAUCAGAAACCCGCCGCUCCUACCAACCAAAUCCCUCAACCAACCAUCAAACCAUCAGAUUCACAACCUUCGUCGUCGUCGUCAACUCCAAAUCAUCGCCAGCAGCCUUCCUCUUCGACCAAACAGUCUCAGCCGGUAGAAAUCCAAACCCAAGCCACCGCGGUCCCUGCCCCUCAAACCAGCCAUUUCUCGAUACCUUCCACCGAAGUCCAACACACCGUUCCAGCUACUAUUCUUCUUUCGACGGCUUUGGUGAAGGUUCAUACCUCCUCUGGCUCGUAUCUGUGGGCCCGUGCGUUGCUGGAUUCUGGAUCGCAGCUGAAUUUCGUUUCGGAGAAUCUCGCUCAAAAACUGAAGCUUCGUCGUACCAAGGAAUUCGUCCCAAUCAGCGGUGUUGGCCUUUCGUCGAUUUCGUCCAAACACACCACAUCCAUUCGUAUCCAGUCCCACUGCGCUGAUUUUGAAGAUACCUGGAAGUUUCACGUGCUGUCCAAGCUGACGCUGGAGUUGCCGAAUCAAGCAGUUGAUGUCUCCCGUUCCAGUUGGCCUUCGGAUAUCAUACUAGCAGACCCUACCUUUGACCGCCCAGGAUCAAUCGACUUGAUUCUAGGCGUUGACAUCUUCUACGACCUUCUCCGUGACGGUCAGAUCAAGAACGGUAGUGGAGAGCCUGUUCUGCAGAACACUGCCCUCGGAUGGGUGGUUUCCGGAAAGGUGCAAGCGACGGUUCCUGUGGCAGUCUCCAACCUUGCCCACAUUUCGUCCACUCCAACGAUCGAGGAUCAGCUGGCGCGGUUCUGGGAAAUCGAAUCGUGCCACACCCAAAGUACACACUCCGUCGAAGAAACAGAAUGCGAGGAGUUUUUCGUAAAAACGACUGAGAGGGAUUCUUCUGGUCGUUUCAUCGUCGGUCUACCAACCAAACCUUCGUUGAUCUCGAGGCUGGGUAAUUCCAGAGACAUUGCAGAUCGUCGUUUCUUUUCCCUGGAACGCCGACUCAACGCUAGUCCUGCACUAAAGCAAGCGUACUCUGCUUUCAUUCACGAGUACAUUCAGAUGGGACAUAUGAAGCCGAUAGAGGACCCGCAGCCAGGUCCUGUGCCAGCCUACUACUUGCCCCAUCAUUGCAUUGUCAGACCGGAUAGCCUAACCACCAAACUUCGGGUGGUCUUCGAUGCGUCUUGUUCUACCGACAGUGGCAUCUCCCUCAACGAUGCGCUUCUAGUUGGCCCUGUUGUCCAAGACGACUUGCUAACGAUUGUCCUAAGGUUCCGAAUGCCCCAGUUUGCCAUCAUCGCAGACAUCGAAAAGAUGUAUCGGCAAAUUCUGGUGCGAGAGUCUGACCAACCGCUUCAAAGGAUUCGAUGGAGAGAUUCGCCGACACAACCGCUACAAACUUUUCAACUUACGACGGUUACCUACGGAACAUCUUCGGCUCCGUAUCUCGCGACGAAGUGUCUACAGAAGCUUUCUGAGGAUGGGUCUGAAAGUCAUCCCGCUGCUGCAGUUGUUCUAGGCCGAGACUUUUACAUGGAUGACAUGCUCACGGGGACCGACAGCGUCGAAGAAGGCCGGGAACUCUGUCAGGAGCUAAUGGAGCUAACUAACUCCGCUGGGUUACCCCUUCGCAAAUGGGCUUCCAACAGUUCGGCUAUUAUGGAAGCCGUUCCUUCGAACCUGAGAGAUGAGCGUACCCUUUUCGAGCUUGACUCCUCUGCCUCGCCCAUAAAGGCGCUGGGACUCCAGUGGAACAUCGUUUCGGAUGAGUUGCAGUUUAACGUUCCGAACUACACUACGCAGUUUCCAAUCACCAAACAGACAGUACUCUCGGACAUCGCUCGCUUGUUUGAUCCUCUGGGCCUUGCUGGUCCAGUGUUGGUUCAAGCAAAGCUGUUUCUCCAAGAUCUUUGGCGAGACGGCUGUGAUUGGAAGGACCCGCUUAUCGAUUCUCGCCAACGCCAAUGGUUGGAGCUUCGUGAUAGCUUCAGUCAACUGUCGGACCUCAAGAUUCCACGGUGGGUUAUCGCAACUGUCGGAGUCGUGAGUCUUGAGCUUCACGGGUUUUCCGACGCGUCCGAAAGAGCUUAUGGUGCGUGCAUUUAUGUCCGCGCUGUGUCCUCCACCGGCAACAUCCACGUUAACCUCCUCACCGCUAAAUCCAAGAUCGCCCCGAAAGGAAAGGGUAAAAAGGGAGGUAUCGUUAGCCUGCCUCGUCUCGAACUGUGUGGUGCGCUGCUGUUGAGCCACUUGUUUGAGAAAGUUGAGUCCAGCUUGCAACUCAAAUCCAAGAAUUUCUUCUGGACGGAUUCGGAAAUCACGCUCUACCAAAUUACUGCAAACCCCUCGCGCUGGAAAACGUUUGUCGCCAACCGAUGCUCGGAGAUACAGCGCAUUACAGCGAAUGGCAUGUGGUCCCAUGUGCCAGGUUCGGAGAAUCCGGCAGAUAUAAUCUCCAGAGGAAUGUCUCCGGCCCAGUUAAGCGAAUUUUCGGUCUGGUGGAAAGGACCGGACUGGCUUUCGCAACCGUCUCGAUUCUGGCCGCCUCUUGGUCGCCCAACCAUCAAAUCAUUUACUUCCGAGGAACUAGAGGAAAGGACAGUGUCCCUUCCGGUUCAAGUACAGACCCCAAAUGAGCUAUUCGCCCUGUACUCUUCGUAUUCAAAGCUAGUUCGAAUCGUCGCGCUUCUUCGUAGAUUUGCCCAUAACGCGAUUGCCACAAACAGAACAGGCCGUCGCACUGGAUUCCUCACUACUACGGAGAUCCACGAAGCCACCGUAACCCUGGUUAAACUUGCGCAAACGGAACGUUUUGCUCAGGAACAAGUCGAUAUCGCUCGCAGCAAACAAGUUAAACCCAACUCUCGCCUGAAUACACUGUUCCCGAUUAUGGUCGACGGUGUACUGCGCGUUGGUGGCCGGCUGCGUCAUGCUCCGGUUUCGUUCGACCAACGCCAUCCGAUGAUCCUGCCGGACAAUCAUCCGCUCACUGAACUGAUAAUGGCCCACUACCACCGGAAACUUUUGCACGCCGGACCGCAGCUUCUUACAGCUGUCGUACGGGAACGUUUCUGGCCGCUUCGCAUCAGAAAUCUUGCUCGCCGAGUUGUCCACGCUUGUACUCGAUGUUUUCGAUGCAAACCCAAGGUGUUGGAGCAGCUGAUGGGAGAACUUCCGCCGGAGCGGGUACAACCAGCAUUCCCAUUUGUCCACACUGGAGUGGACUAUUGUGGCCCAUUUUCCUGUCGCCCUACCCGUCGUGCCACGGCGGUUAAAUGCUACGUAUCGGUGUUCGUCUGUCUCGUGACGAAGGCCGUCCAUUUGGAGUGUGUCGCAGACCUGACCACCAAUUCGUUUCUCGCUGCCUUGCGGCGUUUUGUUGCUCGCAGGGGCAAACCGGAGCUGAUCGAGUGCGACAACGCCCUCAACUUCCAAGGAGCUAAACGGGAGCUAGAAGAGCUGGCUCGAUUGUUUCGGUCUCAACAGCACCAGGAUCAAAUAACCCGCAGUUGCGCGGAAGAUGGGAUAACCUUCAAGUUCAUCCCUCCCAGGUCCCCGAAUUUCGGUGGACUCUGGGAAGCGGCUGUUAAGUCCAUGAAGAACCAUUUGCGCCGUACUAUGGGAAAUGUGAUCCUCUAUCAGGAUGAAUUUUGGACCUUGCUAGUACAAAUAGAAAGCUGCCUUAAUUCUCGUCCUUUGACACAGCUAACCUCGGACCCCAACGACCUGGAAGUGCUCACACCAGGGCAUUUCUUGGUCCAUCGCUCGCUUACCGCCAUCCCAGAGCCCAGCCUAGCCGACAUUCCGUCCAACCGAUUAGAUCGCUAUCAGCACACCCAGGAGUACGUUCGAAGGAUCUGGAGUCAGUGGCAGUCGGAAUACUUGUCUGGACUGCAGCCACGGACACGUUGGACGCAGCGGCGUAACAACAUCCAAGUCGGAACGUUGGUGCUAGUGAAGGAGGAAAAUCUGCCUCCGCUGAAGUGGUGCAUCGGACGAAUCACGCGGAUCUACAGGGGAAACGACGACUGCAUCCGAGUCGUCGACGUACGCACGAAGGACGGAGAAUAUCGUCGGGGAAUCUCCAAGAUUUGUGUUCUACCAAACCAACCCGAUGGUGGCGAUGCCCCCGAACCGCAAGAAGGAAACUAGGAUCCUUCCACCGAUCGCAGUGUUCCGCUGCGCACCGUCGGGAGGUCAAUUGACCUCCCGUUCAUGUAAGUCGUUGUGUUUAAAUGAAUUUCCAAAAAGUAAUAGAAUUUUUGUCCCCCUGCGCCUGUGAUGUCGUCGUCGCACCAACUCACCACUGCAAGCGAGGUUCGAGCUGGCUAUCCCUCGACGGUCUGCAGCUGACCCAACGCAUCCACUACACGUCGGAUAGACUCGUGGAAUUGCAAUGUGGAAGGCAAGGACCUGAGAGAGCACGCCAGAACCGUCGACUGUCGGAUCAACCCCCGAAGGAUGCUUACCUGCCCAACUCAACGGUCACAGAAGGAUGUCGCCAUUCACCCCUCGGAUUCCAUUCACGCACAAGUACGCUCAGUACUUCGCUGCCAACGGUCAUCGUCCGGUAACGGACCCGUGGAGGCCGGUUGCCUCCGCUCCAGUUAACAUUUCGAGUCAUCCCGAGGACGCCGCAUUCGAUGAGCCCGAAGAGAAGGAAUGACAGCAUCCCCCUAGCGAUACAGAAGUCCAUCGAUCCAAGGUCAAGGUUGCGCGAAAUGAUCGCCCGAUCACAGUUGCCGAGGAGUCACAUGGUCCGGAUCCGACAAGUCCCGAGGAGUCACAUGGUCGAUCAGCGAGUCCCGAGAAACCGCCGAAGUUGCACGUGGAGGAAGUAAACAACGAACGAUGUCACAGCGAACGCAGAACCACCCACCGGCCUCUGACAAAAGAGCGUCGGCCCGAAGAAGUAGAGGAAGCGACAACCGUCGCGAGAAAGCAGCAGAAGGAGAAACAGUUAUUGCAUUAAGAAGUGAUAGAAUUAGAAACCUAAAAGAAACUACACACUCUGAAUUUGUAACCCUAGCAGUAAGAUAGAUAGAUAUGUUUAAUUACUGAAGAAGAUAGGUUGUUAAAAUUAGCAUUUUCACGGUGGCCGGCAUGUUGAGUCGUAAUCAAUACUGUACCGUAAUUCAGGGAGCACUAUAGCUGCUCGAAUUCUCAUCUCAAUAGUUGUCUCGUUUCUGCUCAUAUAGCACCUUAUCAGCCGGUCACAGCACCCGAUCGAAAAGCCGAUCGUUAUCAGUAACUAUCUUUGCACCGAUCUUCCCGCUUACCGAUAUAACCGAUAGCAAUCAGUCUACCAGAGUUAGUUGCCAAUAAACCGUUCAUAGCGUC